CAUUCUCAUAUAUAUCUGAGCACUGAAAACAUGCUAAUGUUGAAAGAGUCAUGGGCGUUUCUGGGCAAAAUAAAACCUAACAGCCUUCUCAAUCCACCCCUUCGAACCAAGGAAACAUACACAUCCAUCAUAGGUGGAUAUUGCAGAGAUGGAGAUGUAAAUACGGCACUGCAGCUUUUCCACAGGAUGAAUGUCCACAGUUGUGCACCCGGAAGCUUCACAUAUGGAGCUCCUAUAAGCGGACUUUUCAAAGACCCCAAGUUGGAUGUGGCAUGCCAAUUGCACGAGACCAUGAUGGAUAAAGGUCUCUCCCCUUCUAAAGUAACCUGGCUGACACUAGCUCAUGAGUAUUGCAAGAAAGGCAACUCUGCAACCGCCAUGAUUCUCGUACAAAAGAAAAAAAGCUCUGGAUCCAAACAGUUAAUACAUCUUGAUGAGGAAGCUUUGUAGUGAGAAGAAAGUAGGGAUGGCAGUACUGUUUCUUCACAAGUUAUUGAACAAGGAUAAUAACAUUCAUCACAGGACAUAGGCAGCAUUCAUGACUGCUUGUUAUGUGACAAACAAGUAUGCUCUCAUUUCUAACUUGAAUGAAAGACUCCCAAGGAAUUGGUUAGCAGCAGCUGCAAUAAGGGAAGUACAUACUUUGGAAGGUUCAGUAAAGGAGUUAAAUUUCC